CUCUCUGGGGAGAACAGAACCUUUCAGGGGUGCUGUGUGUCCUAAAGGAGAUCGAGCCCACCCAGUGCCCAGUGUUUAGCACACUACCUGCAUCAAGAUAUGUCAGAGGCAGAGGGGAAAAUCAGAACCCAGGUCCCCCUCGGCCCAGCCCAGCAUUGCUCCGACACCUGACUUCUCAUAUUUCCUUGCAGUCCGCUGAGAAAACUCAGCUUCACCCUUUCAAGGAACUAAUUUGACUCGCAGGUGGAAUUGUGGAAGCAGCUGAGACAGUGCAAUGAUGAAGAGCCCAAGGGGUGGCGUCCUGGCACUGCUGCCAUUGCUGCUCCUAGGUUCACUAGAUGUCUCCCAGGCCCAGAACAGCUGCACUGGGCACCCGGCCAUCCCUGGCACCCCGGGGAUUCCUGGGAUACCGGGCUCCGACGGCGUACCUGGGACCCCAGGAACAAAGGGAGAGAAAGGGCUGCCAGGACUAGCUGGAGACCAUGGCGAGUUCGGAGAAAAAGGAGACCCAGGGACUCCUGGAAAGCCAGGAAAAGUCGGCCCCAAGGGCCCUGUGGGCCCCAAAGGCUCUCCAGGGCCCCUUGGAGCCCGUGGUCCCAAGGGUGAAUCAGGAGACUACAAGGCCACGCAGAAAAUCGCCUUCUCUGCCACGCGGACCAUCAACACGCUCCUGCGGAAGGACCAGCCCAUCCGCUUCGACCACGUGAUCACCAAUGCCAACAACAACUAUGAACCUCGCAGUGGCAAGUUCACCUGCAGGGUGCCCGGCCUCUACUACUUCACCUACCACGCCAGCUCACGAGGGAACCUAUGCGUGAACCUCGUCCGAGGCCGGGACCGCGUGCAGAAGGUGGCCACCUUCUGUGAUUACACCCAGAACACCUUCCAGGUCACCAUGGGCAGCAUGGUCCUCAAGCUUCAGCAGGGGGAGAACGUCUUCCUGCAAGCCACGGAAAAGAACUCCCUGCUGGGCAUCGACGGUGCCAACAGCAUCUUCUCUGGGUUCCUGCUCUUCCCAGACCCAGAGGUGUGACCUAUGGGGCUGAGUCACCCCCUUCUCAACCCCUUGCCUGCCAGUAAUGCUCAAUUUACCCUCAACACCACCCCCAUCCGGCCAAAGCAUACAGCAGGGCUCCAUGGAUGCUGAAUAAAAGAGUAAAUAAACUCUUCAAGGCCAAGGAA